AUGUCAGAUAUAGAGAGCAUAUUUCACAGCUCUGUUAGAGAGGCAGUGCAACUCACUGUUCAGAAUAACAAACCAUUAUUUGUGUUUCUCGCACUGCCCGAUUCCAUCACGAACGAAUCAUUCUUGAACAAGUUUGUCACAAAGGACGCUGUUUCACUCUUGCAGAAUAGUACAGUGCCAUUGAAGUUGAUACAAGGUAGUGUUGAAUUUGGUUAUUUUGAGCAGCUUUUUCAAAAUUUAAUCGUUCCCAGUUUUUAUGUUGUGCUGCAAGGGAAACUUAAGGCAGUGAUUACCAAUGACUUUGCUAGAGAAGAUUUUGAUAAGUGCAUCGCUGAGCUUUUAUCAUUAAAUGGGGACUCUACGACCUCGAUUGCUUUCGCUUCUGCGACAUCAUUAAACCAGGCAGCUUCAUCCUCCUCACACAAUCCACCAACAGCACGCCCCACUGAAGAAGAAAAUUCUCCAACUCUGUUACCAAAUGCUGCUCCUCUAAAUACUCAAACAUCCCAAACUUCCAGUCUGACUGUAUUGGAUGACCAUGAACAAUCUGUGAUGAGGCACAGGAAAAUUGUUGCACAACAAAGAAAAGAGAAAAUGGCGGAGAAGCAACGUAUAAGGGACUUAUUGGAAGCCGAUAAAAGAGAAAGACAAAGCAAAGAAAAAGCAGAAAAAGAACGUGUCGACGAUGCAAGACGACCUUCGCAGAGUCUGGCUAAGAAAAACGACCACACGAAUUGUCUUUUGGCGAUUAAACUUUUUGACGGAAGUACGAUCAAGCACGAUUUUAAACUGGAUGACACGCUCAUCACAGUGCGUACUUAUCUAGAUGAAGAGGUGAAAAUCAUACCGUCUACAAGUAGCAUGCCAUCAUUUGCCAGCACAACAUACCCGACAGGCUACUCAUUCCACAGACCAACUUUACCACGUAUUACAUAUUCCGAAGAGCAGGAGUCGCAGUCACUACUUGAGCUUGAUUUGACACCAAGGUCUAUAUUGAUACUCAAACCAACUUACAAUCAAACAAACUCAAGCAAUGCUGCGCCAGGAAACGAGAAAGUGGGGAUUCUUCAAAGUGUGUAUAAUUUUGUUGCCGGGAUAGGAAGGGCACUCUACUCUUUCUUUGACUAUGGGGUCGAUGAUGUACAAAGACAAGUUAGUUUGGAUCAACCGCUUGCCCCACGCCAAGAAGAAGAGGUGAUAGAUCUUCACCAACCAAUUGCAGCAGGGAUUCUAUCAGUCGGUGAUAGAGGUUUGUCGUCGUCCCUUUUGAACAUCGAAAGGGAUGAGCGUGACGUGCUAAUUGCAACCCCAGUAGAAUCUAGAGCAUCCAGUCCAAGGCCCGCUUUGAGUCGCGUGCAAACUAUUCACGAUGAUACCAGGGAUCCUUUGCGAGAUACAUAUAAUGGAAAUAGCAUCAAUCUUAGGGAUGACGAUCAAACUACAUAG